AUGUUCCAGCCAGCGCCCUCGCAUCCGCUCCAUCUCUACCGUCAUCUCCUUCGACAAACAUCAUAUCUUCCACCCGUUCUGUCUCCGACCUUUCGGGCGCGGUUACGCCGGACAUUUCGACAAAACCGAUACCAGAAAACCCAUGUUCCACGACGAAUUGCUCGCGCAAAAGCAAGCCUUCGGACGCUGUCCGCGGCCAACAAUGGCGACUCUAAAUGCAUGCGCCAUCUCAUAGAUGAGGGCUUUGGCAGGUCUGGCAAGAGACGGGCGACCCUGCUGCGGCAGUUCUUGGUCCCAGAGGGCCCCCAGGAUUCGGAUGCGCUCGAAGCCCUCACCAGCGGCAACCAGCAGUCAGUGCAGCGAAGUACGGCGGCAACAGAAGGAGAACAGAAUCCCGAAGCGACACACCUCAAGUCGAAGAAGCAAAAAUACGGGUUUCUGCAAGCAUGGGACCGACCCAAACUCCUCAGAUUUCUCAAAUCACAGAAAGAUCAAAUGGGGGCUGCCAGCGCCGAUCGCGGCGUAUUGUGGAACGUUGGUGAUAUCAAAUCAGUCAAGGAGGACAACGAAGUCCCCGAACUGAACAAGUGGGGGAAACCCCCGGGUGAGACCCUCGUGAGGGCCAAGCAAGCGAAAUUCUGGAAGCGCAACGUCGAGAAGAUUCUACCACCGCUGGGUCGGGGAGAGUGGGAGAUGCUUGAGAAGUUGAGCAUCGGAUUACAAGCGGAGGGGGACAAGGAGUACAGGAUCCCUGACAAACGAACGCCGGCAAAGACUGCGGACGCGGCCUGGGACUGGAAGGAAUAUGCCGUCAAGCCCACCUCCCAUAUCGAACGCGCAGCUCAGGUCAAGCAGCGACAAAGGCACGGGGACCUGUCCGGGAACCCGUACCUGGGCCGGGCCAAGAGGGAUAGCGUGAGCGAUCGCUGGUACAGACGCACAUAUGGCCAAGCAUGGCGCAAGUCGGCGUAUGUCGAAGUGGACCCAAACAAACUCAAGAAGAAGUUCGCUUGGGGUGGCGCACCACCGUUGGCACCCGGUCCGGCCCCAGAGCAGAUGGACGUCUUCCAAGGCGUGAGAGCACGAGGAGAGGUCAGCAGCAAAGGACGCUCUUGA